UCCGGACGCCAAUUUUAUCAUAGUUAUUUAGGCCAUAAAAUUAAUAAUGCUCUCUUGAUCUGGUGGCAAGUUACCUUGUACUAAGUUCGAAGCUCCAACAUGUAUUUUGUAAACUGAUUUUUGUAAAAAUAUGCAAAGCAGCCCAAAAAAAAAAAGUCUUGCUUGCAGCCUAAGAAUAUCUAGGACCGGCUGUCAACAAUGCAUUAAUGUAAUCAAAAUUGUAUCAUCAACUAUCCAGAUAAAAAAUUUCGUUAAAGGACUAAACUAAUUCUUCUUCUUCUUCAUUUGGUAGCUAAUCUCUUAUUCAGUAGCUUAGGUAUAUAUAUGUGUUUCAUCGUCUUCAAGUACUCUUUAUCCGUGAUACGAAUAUAUGGUGCCGUUCUAACUUAUCCAUGAUACGACGCCGUUAUCGAGUAUAGGACGCCGUAAUAUUAUUCACGAAACGACGCCGUUAUCACUUAUCCGUGAUACGACGUCGCAAGAUCGAUAAUCUUGCAGAAGAUGAUCAAAGUUGGUGGAAGUUACGAAAAUAUAGAAGAACACUGAUCAAAUCCAAAGGAAAACAUGUCCAGCGUCAUCAUCUCGGAGCUUCCGGCGAUGGAUGCUACUCGGUUCCAACAGACCCCUUACUACUGCGAAGAGAACGUGUAUCUACUCUGCAAGACGUUAUGCGAGAGUGGUGUAGCGGAUGAGACGGGUUCUGAUCUGUUUGUUGUUUUCAUCUCCAAUGAGAGGAAGCAGGUUCCACUUUGGCAUCAGAAAGCUAGUACCAGAGCUGAUGGGAUUGUUCUCUGGGAUUAUCAUGUCAUCUGUGUCCAGAGGAAGAAAGAAAGUGAUUCUGAGCCUUUAGUGUGGGAUCUCGAUUCGACUUUGCCUUUCCCUUCUCCGUUAGCUUCUUACGUGACUGAGACUAUCCAGCCAUCUUUUCAGCUCUUUGCUGAAUAUAAGAGGUUCUUUCGCGUUGUGCAUGCUCCUCUCUUCUUUAAGCACUUUGCUUCCGAUAGAAGACACAUGAAAGGGCCUGAUGGAAGCUGGAUUGCUCAACCUCCACCCUAUCAGCCCAUUGUUGCCCAAGAUGGAGUCUUGCACAAUUUGAGUGAGUACACUGCCAUGAGCGCUACGGAUACAUUGUCGAGCUUGGAUCCUGAGACAGUGAGAGAAGCAAUUUCACAGAAACUUGGCGUCUUGGUGAGCCAUUCUCAACUUCAAGACCUCUUCACCAAGCUUCCUUAACCUUCCAAUGUCUUAAUCUCAACUUUUAGUUUCAAGCCUUGUUUCCAACUUUCUGAAACAUUUUCUGAGAUUGAUUUUAGAUGGGGGAAACAUUAUACACUUGCGAAAUGUAUGGUUACAAUGGAAAAUUACAUGACUUUCUCCACAA